GGCGGUGCGGACGUGGCCCCGCCCCCCUCGGAGCUCCAUCUAAGGGCUGGGUCAAGAGGAAGAUUUAAACCGAGGAGGAAGAGGAAGCUCGCCCAACUUGUGACACGCGCCUCUCCCGCCAGCUGUGGACUCCCGCGCGGCCUCGCUUCCUCCGAAAGUAACAAAGUGGGAACAGUCGAAGACGGCCAAAAUGCUGCAGAAGAUCCAAGAGUUUGGCUUCCAUGCCAAAGACAUCUAUGACUACCUCGUGGCAGGAGUUGAUCCGAGGGUUAGAGAAUAUCCGCUGAUGCAGAGUCCAGUUCCCAUGACGGCGAUCCUGCUGUGCUACCUGUUCUUCGUACUGUACCUUGGACCUCGCCUCAUGGCCAACCGCAAACCUUUCCAACUCAAGGAAGCAAUGAUAGCCUACAACUUCCUGCUGGUGGGACUGUCUAUAUACAUUGUGUAUGAGUUUCUGAUGUCUGGUUGGGCCACAACGUAUACCUGGAGAUGUGACCCAGUCGACACCUCCAACAGUCCUCAAGCCCUACGAAUGGUCAGCGUGGCGUGGCUCUUCUGGUUUUCAAAGAUCAUCGAGCUAAUGGACACGAUCUUCUUUGUGUUGAGGAAAAAGCGCGGUCAGAUCACAUUUCUGCACAUCUUCCACCACUCGUUCAUGCCGUGGACCUGGUGGUGGGGAGUUGGCUAUGCUCCUGGUGGAAUGGGAUCUUUCCAUGCCAUGGUGAACUCGUCUGUCCACGUCAUCAUGUACUUCUACUAUGGCCUUUCUGCUGCCGGACCGCGCUUCCAGAAGUUUUUGUGGUGGAAGAAAUACAUGACUGCUAUUCAGCUGACCCAGUUUGUCCUCGUGUCGCUCCACGCCACCCAGUAUUACUUCAUGGACAGCUGCAGCUACCAGUUCCCCACCAUCAUCCACCUGGUCUGGAUGUACGGAACCUUCUUCUUCGUUCUCUUCUCAAACUUCUGGGUCCAGGCCUACGUGAAGGGCAAACGUUUGCCAAAGCAGGACGUGAACCAGAACGGCGCCGCUGUAUAUGCCAACGGAAAACACCACGAGAACGGAAAACCGCACAAAAACGGCAAAUGCUAUGAAAAUGGAACCAGCAACGGCAACGGCAUCAGCCAUGGAACCACCAACGGCAUCAGCCACGGAACCACCAACGGCUCCACCAACGGCUCUGCUUAUUAUGAAAAUGGAAGCACCCACAACGGCAAGAUGAAGAAGGCCUAGCGACUCUGGGAGCACGGCCCAGCCCUCCUCUUAAAACUACUACAAAUUCCAAAGAUAAUUUUUGACUGACUGUUUUCUAGUUAUUUUUAGCUUUUUGUGCAAAACAUGGGAGCAAUAUAGUCAGUGACCACCACAGCAGGGGUUCCAAGCGCACUUGGUUGGUUGGUUGGUUGGUGUCCUUGCAGAGCCAUAUCUUUGUGCACGAUAAAUGAAGAGAAGAUGCUUUGAUUGAAAUGUUCCGUCUUCACUGAUAUUGAAUAUCACCGCGGUGGCCUUGAGUCCGCCCAAUUAUUUAUGACCCCCUCCUGUGGACAGAUGACUGUACAGUUUUAUCAAACUGGAAAAAAAACAAGUUUGUAAAUAGUUUUACAAAAAAGAAAAAACUAAUUGUAUUGGUGUGCUCUAGACUUUCUAAAUUUUGUUACACUAUGUAUUUAAAAUGCAAUUGCCAAUAAAUUUUGCUUUUAAAUGA